CAUAAAUUCAGCUUCUCAAGUGUGAACGUUGAUCCCGGAGCUUUGGAUUUGCUUCAUAACCGUACAGAGAGAGAGAGAAACAGUAUAAAGAUGAAGUCUGGAGACGGUGUUUAGUUUCAGUUUAAACAUUUGGAAAACGAAACCCCGGCAAAUGGCGUUCAAAUUCAGUACCGAUGCUCUUCAGUGGCUCACGACGAGUAAUUUCACUGCCGAAAGCUAUCAGGAGUUGGGUGUGCAACAGCGGGACCAGUUCUUUGGCUACUGGGAAAGCUCGCUGAAAAAUCUUACAACCGAGCAGCGGACAGUUUUCACAGUGCUGGUGAUACUGGUGAUGGUAUUGGCCAUCUUCGGCAAUGUGUUGACGAUCGUAACCAAUAUUCGAAGGGAACAACGUCAUUUGUUUCGGGUGUGUUUGCUCUCACUGGCUCUAAGCGAUAUUUUAUUCGUCACAUUUACGUCAAUCGUGUAUUUAUCGCAAUUCAACAGUGAAUACAAUUCUUUAUGGACACUCGGUGAGCUGAUGUGCACAUUUGCGCCCUUUUUCCAAACUAUGGCAGUUCUGGUGGACAGCAUCACUCUGGUGGCAAUCGCCCUAGAUCGAUACAUGGCUGUGGUACGCAUCUCGAAAGGUAGCUGGGAACCGAGUGGCCUAUUCUGCUUCACCUGUGCCAUUUUGAUAUGGGGCCUGGCAGCCGGAGUAUCCAGUCCAAUGUUGACCAUGUACCAAAUUUACAACGUCAUUGUGCUGAUAGCCGAUCGCAACCAAGCGGACGUCAUAACCGGUUACUUUUUGGCGGAAAUUUGCGCCACUGAUAAGAGCCAAAACGGGUACUAUUUCGGGAUUGUGUUCACCAUAAUAUUCCUACCGCUGCUAUUGUCGUUCCUGUGGCUCAACACUAUCAUCGCUAGAGAAAUUUGGAUUCGAAGACGUCCCAUUGAUAGUCGUACCAACGCACCCAAGAAACUAAGAGAUUUGAACGCUAUCGAGAGUACAUGUGAACGCAAAACCACCUCAACCAACAUUAGUUCGAGCAAUAAUUUUGAUAGACGCCCUCCCCCUCCUCCGGUGAUUCGGUCCUCGUACUCCGUCUCAAAAUGUAUUUGCUCCAAUUGCGUAGAUCAACACUCACCCCCACAAGUGCCUCCCCCACCACCUCCCAGAGCUCCCGCCACCAUCCCCAGUCCAGCUUCUGACAGCCGCAAAAAGCGCCAGUUGCGCAUGUUCAAAGCAGUCGUGUGCAUCAUGUCAGUGUUUUUCCUGUGUCGGCUGCCGACCUGGAUAUUUCUGCUGAUAAAACUGCACGGCACCGCUACGACAAACGUCUACUGGACGCUGCACUACACCUUCGGCAUAAUGGCCAUGCUGAACUGCGUGCUGAACCCGUUGAUCUACACCUUUCUCGGGGAAACCAUCAAGGUGACGGUAUUCCUGAGGACGAUAUGCGUCCGCUUGUGGGUGGAUCCUUGCCGCCGGGGAGCAAAACGGACGAGGAGCACAUUUUCCGAGCAGGGUAGACGGGAUUUUGUGGUGGCACCGCAGUCGCAGGUGAGAAAGAAGCAUUCACAGCAAAGGCAACAGCGGCGUGAUGGGAUGUUUAGUGGCGAUUGAGUCGUUUUGUGACGGUCAGUGUGUAAGUCGGUUGCAACAAUUUUACAAAAAUAUCUAUGUUUGUCUGUACUGCACUAUUGUUAUUAUUAUAUUUUUUUUUAGUUUCUCAAGUAAUUGAAAGAAAGCAUCCCUAUUGAUAAAAUAAUUUGCGCCAGCACGUA